AUACUAGAACAAAUAGAAACAAGUGCAUUAUGUACGCCGCAGUGAAGCCCCUUUCGAAAUAUCUUCGAUUGAAGACGGUGCGCAUCUACGAUCCGAUAUUCACACUGCAUUCCAAGUGCACCAUUGUCAUCCUGCUGACCUGCACAUUCCUGCUGUCGGCCAAACAGUAUUUUGGCGAGCCAAUACUCUGCCUCAGCACCGCAAAGUAUACGGAGUACGUUCAAUCCUAUUGCUGGACCAUGGGCACCUAUAUACUGUCCCCGUAUAAUAAUAGCAUUGAUGGUAGCAAAUCAUCGCCACCGAUGGAACACCUAAAGCCACAGUCACAGUUACAGUCACAGCACCCGCCACGCUCGAUGGCCCUCAGUGAAGACAGCAUGCGCAUCCUUUUGGCCCAAAAUGAGCAAUACGUUCGCAUGGUUUCCAUAGCGGAGGGCGUUGGACCCGAGACGCGCGGCGUUACGAAGCGGAUGUAUUUGCGUUAUUAUCAGUGGAUAUUUAUGAUAUUGCUGUUCCAGUCGCUACUCUUCUACUUCCCCUCGUACUUGUGGAAGGUAUGGGAGGGGCAGCGCAUGGAGCAGCUGUGCUGCGAAAUCGGUCAUGCGCUCAUCCUGGAGGAGACCUAUCAAUUGCGACUGCGCAUGCUAACCAAAUACUUUCUGGCCAACUUCUCCGCCAUCCAUUGUUGCUAUGCCAUCAAGUAUGCCUUCUGCGAGCUUCUCAAUCUGAUCAUUAGCUUGCUCAACUUUUGGCUCAUGGACGUCAUAUUUAAUGGAUUCUGGCACAAGUAUAUUCACGCACUGGCUGCGAUACCCGUUUACGAUUGGAAUCUGUGGAAUUUGAUGAGCUCACGCGUAUUUCCCAAGGUGGCCAAAUGCGAGAUGUUCAUCUAUGGGCCGAGCGGCACACCCAAUAUACUGGACAUACUCUGCCUCCUGCCGCUCAACAUUUUGAACGAGAAACUCUUCGCCGUACUCUACGUGUGGUUCCUCUUCAUUGCCAUGCUGGCUGCCAUCAAUAUACUCUAUCGUCUGUUGCUUGUGUGCUGCCCGGAGCUGCGUCUGCAGCUGCUGCGCACCCAUCUGCGCGGCAUGCCCAAGUCGCAUGUGCGUCAGGUUUUGGCCAGCGCCUGCUAUGGCGAUUGGUUUGUCCUCAUGUGCGUCAGCAUCAAUGUGAAUCCAACGCUCUUCCGCGAGCUGCUAGAGCAGCUCUAUGCGGAGAUAAGUAGCGCCAGCUUCAAGAAAGCGAACGGCAUGCCAGCAGGAUCUGGACAGGAUCAGGAUGAUGAUCAAAAUGAUGACAACACCAGCUCCACUUCCUCGCUGACCAGAACGAAUGGCGUCAAUCUCAUGCCGGUCAACUACUAUACCGAGAGCCAUGCAUAGAAGGAGCCGCCAAGGAUCUGGGAAUCGCAAGAUUUGUUCGUGCUACAGUUGUAAUUUGUUAGUUUUAUUCGUUUUCGGUUUAUUUGCGCCAAGUGCAAGACAAACACGAAAUACAUCAAAACGCAAAUAAAUGCGAUAAUCAAAA